AUGGAAGAAAGUUUAUCAAUAAUAGAGAUAAUUGGCAUAGGAAUAAUUAGAAAAGAAAUUCUCAAGCAACUUUCUUCAUUUGUAGAUAUUAGCAAUCUUUCAAAAUCAUGUAAAUGGAUAAAUUUUUACAUUUAUAAUGAAUCUAUUAAAAGAAAUAUGUUUUGUUUUACUGAUUUCCCAAAAAUAACAAUAAAAAUAAAGGAUGGACUUUUAAUGAAUCCUAUUAUACCAAAUUUAGAGGAUAUUGAAUUUAAAACAGAUGAUGAGUCAAAUAAAGUAUUAGAUGAUGCAAAAAAUUUUUUAGGUGAAGCAAUUGUUAAAAAAAAUCAGAUACUUCUUUAUAUUAAUAAUAACAUAGAAAGAGUAAAUCAAAAUGAACAUGAUUUGUUUAUUGAAAAAUUCGUUAAAGAAUUAAAUAUUAAUCGUCCAAUAAGAAGAGAAGCAACAAUUCUUGAUUUUGGAAUUCCUUCAUCUAAUAGACAAUAUAUUAUUUAUAAUCAUCACAUGAUAUUUUACGCUUUAAGUCAUAUGCAUCAUGAUAAUAUAACACGUAUUGUUGUACCAACAUAUAGUUUCAUGUCAGAUAUUAGUAAAUACGAAGAUUUAAGUGAAAAUAUUUUUGAUGGUUUUCCUAAAUUUCAUGAAUUAGUUAUUUAUGCUUCACUUUUAGAAACAAGCUAUAGUAAAUUAAUUAAUAACAAAUCAAUUUUAGAACGUGUUAUUAGAGAUUUGGGAAAAAGAGAUAAUGCAACAUUAGUUUUAGUACAUUUAAAUCGUGAAAGUAAUUAUGUUAUAAAUUUUGUCCACAUGAUUAUGAAAAUUGCAUCAAAAUAUAAUAUUAAAGUUAAGUGUGAUGCUGAUUCUUUAAUAGAUUCAAGAAAAGAUAUUAUUCCUUCGCCAGAAAGAUAUACAUUUAAUUCAAUUGCUGAAAUUAUUACAUCUGUUAAAUGUUCAACUGGAAAUCCUAAAAUGUUUAUUAAUUUCAUGAAAAAUGUACAAUAUUUAGAAAAUUUAGAAACAUUAGAUUUAUCAUAUCGAAUUUUAGAUGUUGAAAGAAGUCGUAAAACAAAUAAUGAUUUAAAUUCAGGCAAAUUAUCUUUCAAAAAAUGUAAAAAAUUAAGAAAAAUUAAACUUAAAUUUGGUGAAUCAUUUGAUGAAACUUAUGGAAUUAAAACUGAUACAUUAAAUAAUAUUUUAAAGUUUCUUGUAUCGAUGAUGCCUAAUAGUGUAGAAAUAUUAGAAUUAUGGCAUGUAUAUGAUUUGACAAAAGAGUUAACAAAUAUAAUCAAUGAUUAUUUACCAAAUAUAAAAGUACUAAGAACAUUUGAUGUUUCAUAUAAAGAUCCUGACUGUUUUACAUCAUUCAAAAACUUACAAGCAUGUUUAUUUUGUGAUAAUUAUCCUACUAAAAUACCAGAUACUGUAAGACUUUUUGCUGUAAAAUAUUUAAAUAUAGAGGAUGAUGAUGAAGAAGUAAUGUUUGCUAAUCAGCAACUAGUAAAAAGUUAUUCAGAAAAAUUUACUAAAUCACUUCAAGACAUUGAUGGUACAUAUAUUUUCUUUAAUGAUAUUGGGCAAUGGGAUAUGUAUAAAUGUGCAUUUUGGAAUAUUUUUGAUUAA